AUGAGGUCGACGGCCGGUCCCUUGACGGUGCUCGCCGUCUUGCGGCUCGCAGCAGCAGCGGCAGUCAACAUGGACAUGGGCAUGGACAUGGACAACAGCACGCUCCACGCCCGGGCCUGGCAAGCCAAAGACUCGGGCGCCGAGUUCGAAGUCUUUGCGCAGUACUCGUCGGCCGCCUACUGCGACGAGCUCUACGACGGCUUCGACCGCACGCCCGUGUGCUCCAACCCCAACGACCGCGCGUGCCCCAACUUCCGCGACACGACGACCGUCAGCGAGUUCCUCAACGACGACUUCUACGGCGUCGGCGGCUUCAUCGCCAGCAACCCGACCCGCCGCCACACCGUCGUCGUCUUCAAGGGCACCAACUCCAUGUUUGACGUGGGCACCGACAUGACCAAGGGCUUGACUGCGUGCGACCUCUGCGACGGCUGCCUCGUCCACUCGGGCUUCUACACGGCCCUCAACCGCAUCCGCCCGGAGCUCGAGCGCGCCGUCCGGGCCGAGCGCCGCCGGCCGGACCGCCUGGGCUUCCGGCUCGUCAUCACCGGCCACUCGCUCGGCGGCGCCCUGGCCACCCUCGCCGCCGUCCACCUGCGCAACGCCGGCAUCCCCUGCGACGUCUACACGUACGGCGCGCCGCGCAUCGGCAACGACCGCCUGGCCGCCCACGUCGCCGCCCAGCGCGGCUUCACCGCCCGCAUCACAAACGCCCGCGACAUCGUCGCUGCCAUCCCCAACUACGGCUGGAUGAUCUGGUACUGGCGCAGCUACGCCCACCACUACCCCGAGUACUGGUACCCCGACGGCCUCGACCGCGGCACCAAGCUGUACGACCUGCCGCGCCGCGUCUGCCUGAGCGACGGCCACUGCUCCAGCGCCGUGUGCAACUCGCCCUGGCGGUGGGCCACCUGGCGCGGCUGCAGCCUGCAGGAUCACCUCAGCUACAUCGGCCGCUUCGAGCCCUGCGCCGGCGGCGGCCGAGGUCGCGGCGGCAUGGGCCGUUCGCGCCAGGCCAAGUCCGGCUUCCGGUCUCGGCUGCCGGAUCCGCGAUCCACCACCCGAUGGCUGCAGUGA